AAACCCAAACAACAAAAAGCAACCCCACCCUCAUCCCUUUUCUCGCCCCCUUCCACCCUGAUCUUUAAUGCAUACAUUCCCCCGGCGCCGUUCCUGCCCCUAAUCCUAUGGGAUCAGCGGGUCCGUGGAGGCCCCCCGGGGUCCCCCCCAAGAAGUGAUGGCUUUAUAAGGGGCCCGGAGAGAGCGGGGAUGCAGUGCCCACCAUGGCCUCCAAGCUCAAGGAGCGGAGGAGGACGCCGGUUUCCCACAAAGUGAUUGAGAAGCGGAGGAGGGACCGCAUCAACCGCUGCCUCACCGAGCUGGGGAAGACGGUGCCCAUGGCUCUGGCCAAGCAGAGCUCGGGGAAGCUGGAGAAAGCGGAGAUCCUGGAGAUGACGGUGCAGUACCUGCGGGCUCUGCACUCGGCGGACUUCCCCCGCGGCCGGGAGAAGGCAGAGCUGCUCUCCGAGUUCGCCAACUACUUCCACUACGGCUACCACGAGUGCAUGAAGAACCUGGUCCACUACCUGACGACGGUGGAGAGGAUGGAGACCAAAGACACCAAGUACGCCCGCAUCCUGGCCUUCCUCCAGUCCAAAGCGCGCUUCGUCACCGAGCCCCUCUUCACCUCCCUGGGCUCCCUCCCGGAGCCGGACUUUUCCUACCAGCUGCACCCCGGGCCCGAGUGCCCCGGGCACGGCCACAGCCCCGGCGAGGCCGUGCUCCAGCCGCCCUCGGGGGGGCCCUUCCCCUGGCACGGAGCCGCCCGCAGCCCCUCCCUGCCCUACCACCUCCCCAACGCCGCCGUGCCCCUCGCCAGCCCCGGCCAGCAGCGCAGCACCUUUCUCUCCUCCGUGCAGGGGCUGGACCGCCACUACCUCAACCUCCUCGGCCAUUCCCACCCCAACGCCUUCGGGCUGCCCCCGGGCCAGCACCCCUCCAUGCUAUAGAGACUCGCCCCCGCCCGGAAAAUCCUAUUUAUGACCGCGGCACGCCGCGAGUUGCGCACGGGGAGGCUGCCGGGGGGCAGGGAGGUGCGCGGGGGUGCCGGAGGGCCGGGAGCCCCCGGCCGCCCCCCGCGGGGGCCCGGCUCUGCCGC